AUGGCAAAGUGGUAUCACAUGGUUGUAUUUUCUCCUGUGGUGUCUGUGUGGAGCGUGCCACACAUCCACUCCACAACAACGACGGCUUUCGCUUGCAUCUUCCAGUGUUUCUUCUGUCAGCAAGUUCAGCAGAGCUGCAACUCGUCUAGCGCCAGCCCAGAGGAACCCAGUGAGGAGCAUCACGACUGUGAGAUGGUAAAAAUGACAAAGUCCAAGACCUUCCAGGCCUACCUGCCCAACUGUCACCGAACCUACAGCUGCAUCCACUGCCGGGCACAUCUCGCCAAUCACGAUGAGCUCAUCUCAAAGGUUGUAUUUUCUCCUGUGGUGUCUGUGUGGAGCGUGCCACACAUCCACUCCACAACAACGACGGCUUUUGCUUGCAUCUUCCAGUGUUUCUUCUGUCAGCAAGUUCAGCAGAGCUGCAACUCGUCUAGCGCCAGCCCAGAGGAACCCAGUGAGGAGCAUCACGACUGUGAGAUGGUAAAAAUGACAAAGUCCAAGACCUUCCAGGCCUACCUGCCCAACUGUCACCGAACCUACAGCUGCAUCCACUGCCGGGCACAUCUCGCCAAUCACGAUGAGCUCAUCUCAAAGGGCACAGGAGGCACGUGCCACUCUCCCAGAUGGCUAAGCUGUUAACUCUACUGCAAGAGAUGAUCCAUUUCCCAAUAUGCACAGCACCUGUCAGGAUCAGUCGAACCCUCUUGUAGUUCAGACACUGAGAACAGGUGGUUUGGUUUACCUGUUUGCAAACUGGUUGUUGAUUUCUGGUUAGU